CCCAUGCUCCUAUGAGCCGAGGGCGUGGUCGCCGCCGCCGCCGCCGCCGCCGCGUGCGCUGCCAUCGUGGUGAUCCGGCAAGGAGAUGCAGGGAAACGAGCCUAGCUUUCGCACCUACGUUCUGAGUUGUACACGCCACUGUUCCAGAACGGGUGGGCCGCAAGCUGCUCGACGAAAUGUCUACGAAGUGGUGGUGUCCCCAUGGGCCAUGUAAGGUCUGACCUAUUCUUCUGCAACCUCGGUGCACCAUGCAGGCUGCCAUUCGGCACGAGAACAUUGGAGUAGUAGUCACCGAGAGGGCCGUCUUGUUUACAGUCUGCCUGGUGCUACGGGGCGUAGCUGAUUCAGGAAUGCAUACGGGUGGCUGUCUUGGAUGCUGAUGAGGAGAUGGUGUAGGAUCGUAGGUACAAGGAAAUUGUGCUGGCGUGUUGCUCACAGGCUGCAGUGCUGUAUUGUCCUUGCUGUCAGGGAUUCAAAGAGGUUGAAUUGGUUUGCUAUGCUUCAACUAGGAUGCAGAUAAUCAGCUUUCUUGGAGAUGGCUUGGAGUGCUGCAUUUGUGAAAGGUAUCGUCGACAUUGAGGACAGGCCUUGUGAACCUUCUAUACAGGCCUGAUUGGUGAGCUAUUGGAUUCAAUGUGCCACAAUGGGAAAUUCAGUUUUGUUUUAGACAACAAUAUGAAAUUCAGCUGCAAAUACCUCCCAUUAUCAGGCCCCGGUGUUUACACUCCGCAGUAAUGUAUGGGAUAGUCAGAUGCUUUGUGAGAUAGUUAGUCUGCGGUCUUCUGAAGUUACUGUAUUAUCUUCAAGUUGCAUCGAAGUCUGCAAGGAAACAUUCAAAUGUGGGAAGCCACUUUAAUCAGUCUUUGAAAACUGAUUCGUUGUUUGAUGAGCUGGCUUGGGAUAUUUUAAUGUGGUCUGAUCCUAAUAUUUACCUCUUCAAUGGUCACUGUGUUUGUUUGAUAAAAGUUUGCAUUGCAUUGCAAACUUUUAUCAAAAAGUAUGUACAGUUAGCAGGCUCUGGUACAAGAAUGCUUCUGUUUUCUACCAAACGAUCUUAUUCGUUCAAAAAGGAAGAUGGCGAUAGAGACUGUCAUGCUGCUGGUCAAUAUCAUGAUUCUCGUUGGAAGCUUUCUGGUGAGAAGAUAGCCAUAUCGAUGUUGUAUGAACAAUCACUUUAUUGUUCGGCGUAUAUUAAUAAGAAGAAGAGAAUUGAACCAGUUUAUAGGUAAACCGGGUCCAAAAACUGUACAUUACAACUACAACUCCUACAAUCACUUUAUUGUCAAUAGCAGCAUCAGUGCCAUUGGUUAGUUCAUUCGAGCUGGAUGUUCUUCCAUUUCGGCUAAUGUUCAGAGUGCUAAAUAUUAGCAGCAUCAGGCUUAGGAUCUUCCAGGCGCUCCCCAGAUGAUCAGACAAAAGUGAUAGCUAGUAGUAUUCAAGGAAUUAUGUUAUGCAGAUCUUUUGUACUAUACAGGUCAGCUGACUGUCGAAACAGGCACUCUCACUUUUGGAAUUCUUCUCGUGGAAUUGUUUUUUUACAACGGCGCCAUUCAUCUUCAAGAUCCAUAGUGAUAUGACUCUGUCUUCCACAUUUGGUCCCAGUGGUGAUGGACUAAAGACUAUAAAAUCUGGACGAGGAAGACCAAUGCCAAUGCGUACUAACUGAAGGACAAAAGCGAACUACACUGCAGCAACUCAGCAAGACUGAUGAAGAUAGCACUUGAAAGCUUCAAGAAGACCCACUCCAUGAUAUACAUCAUCAGGAAAACCUAUACUGACGAACAGUUUCAUACAUGCCAUGCGUAGCCUCGUCUUGCCGAUGCUGUUGAUGCAGCUCGCGGCUGCUGCUGCCACGCCAUUGGCGGAAAAUAUCACCUUGGAUGGCUGCGAGAGAAAGUGCGGUGAAGUGGAUGUUCCCUACCCGUUUGGCACCAGCUACGGCUGCCACCGGAGAGGCUUCAAGGUCACCUGCGACCGCACGUCCAGCCCUCCCAAGCUCUUCCUUGGUGGCGACAGUGUGGGCUUGGAGGUGCUGGAGAUCUCCGUCCAGAACAGAACGGUGCGUGUCCGCGCAACGGUCUGGUCUUUCGCCGUCGGCAACACGAGCGACGAGGUGUUCAAUGUCGUCCCUGAAAACCUCGAGCCCUACGUUCUCUCUGCCAAUCGGAACAGCCUUGUCAUCGUUGGCUGCGGGUUCCAGGCCACCGCACGGACGACGAUGUCGUUGCAGCAAGGAGCCGCCAUGUUCCCUUGGUGCACAUCGAACUGUACCGUACAAGAUCAGCAGAAGGUCCAGCCUGCUGGCAGGUGCGCUGGCGUUGGCUGCUGCGAGGCGGCCAUCCCGACAGGUCUAACGUCCUUCAAUAUCCAGUUCUUGUGGCUGGACAUGAACGCCACGGCCCGGCCGCCAUGGAUGACGCCCAAUGUGAGCGUGCUCGUGGUGGAGCAGGAGUGGUGGCGCGACACGAACACGUCUGCGUUCAAGGUAUGGCUUCUCUCCUUGAGGCACUGAUCGGGCAGGUAGGCCAGUCGUCAUGCACGGCG